UGCCACAGACACUUGAUUACCCCUUCAUAUGAACCAGGACCCUCUUUUGUUGAUCACCUCCGGGGAUGAACCACAGCCGACCUGCGGGUUACACCGACAGCCCCAGGGCUCGGAGUCGAGACAACCUGCUGAUGUAUGAUGACUUUGGAGAGGAAAACUGUUGCUCCGGUCGAUGGCUCACCCACAGCAGCUCUGAGAGACAGCUCAUGGCUCCUCUCAGUGUUGUGAAACGUCGCCAGGCCCUGCGUGGUCCAGCCUACAUGUUCUCUGCUCCCUCAGUCAGCCUGUCAGACGUCGAGCAGCGUUUUCUGGAGGCGGCUGAAUACGGCAACAUACCAGAGGUGCGGCGCAUGCUGCUCCAAGUGCCCAACUUGAACGUCAAUGCUGUGGACUACAUGGGCCAGAAUGCACUGCAGCUGGCUGUAGCCAACGAACAUCUGGAGGUGACGGAGCUGCUGCUGGGGAGGCCGGAUUUGUCCAGAGUGGGUGACGCCCUCCUGUUAGCCAUCAGUAAAGGUUAUGUUCGCAUCACAGAGGCCCUGUUGUGUCACCCAGCGUUCAGAGAUGCCAAUCGUCUGACAGCAAGCCCUGCUCAAGCAGACAUGUUGGAUGACUUCUAUGCUUAUGAUGAGGACGGGACGAGGUUCUCUCAUGACGUUACUCCAGUGAUCCUUGCAGCGCACUGCCAGGAAUACGAGAUCGUUCACACCCUGCUCAGUAAAGGUGCUCGCAUCGAUCCCCCUCACGAUUACUUCUGUGGCUGCGACUCCUGUAACUACCAGCAGCAGUUUGACUCCUUCAGCCACUCCCGAUCACGGAUCAAUGCCUACAGAGGACUCGCCAGUCCUGCUUACCUCUCCCUGUCCAACGAAGACCCGGUGCUGGCAGCCCUGGAGCUCAGCAACGAGCUGGCCAUGCUGGCUAAUAUUGAGAAAGAAUUUAAGAACGACUACUGCUGUCUGUCGAGCCAGUGUAAAGACUAUGUGGUGGGCCUUCUGGAUCUGUGUCGCAGCACAGAGGAGGUGGAGGCCAUACUGAGCGGAGAAACGAACUCUGAAGACAGCUACGAUCUACCAGGUCGCCCUUCCCUCACACGACUCAAAUUAGCCAUCAAAUAUGAACUCAAGAAGUUUGUGGCUCAUCCUAACUGCCAGCAGCAGCUGCUGAGUAUCUGGUAUGAGAAUCUGCCCGGCCUGAGACAACAAACCACUGCUAUCAAAAUGCUGGUGGUGCUGGCAGUAGCUAUAAGCCUGCCUGGACUGGCUGUGGCUUACUGGAUUGCUCCGUGCAGCAGAGUUGGGAAAGUGAUGCGAAGCCCCUUCAUGAAGUUUGUGGCCCACGCUUCAUCCUUCACAAUUUUUCUGGGUCUACUGAUCCUGAAUGCUGCUGACCGCUUCGCAGGCACCACCCUGCUGCCAAACAUGACCCACCAUCAUCUCCAAGGAUUCAGCUCUGACCCGCUACUGCUCUACCGCAUGACCACGACACCCUUCACAUGGAUGGAGACCCUCAUCAUUGCAUGGGUCAUGGGUAUGAUCUGGGCUGAGGUGAAGGAGAUCUGGAGUCAAGGGCCGGGGGAGUACCUGGUCGAACCGUGGAACUUCCUGGACUUUGGGAUGCUGGCGAUCUUCCUCGCCUCCUUCAGCUGCCGCUUCUCCACCCUGAGACACGCUGACUUAGCCCAGACCUAUGUACACACACACUACACAACACUGAUUAAUGUCACACUGCCCCCAGAGAUACACUACUUCACACUGGCACGCAUCUACUGGUUGCCGUCAGAUCCCCAGUUGGUAUCGGAGGGCCUGUACGCUGUGGCAGUGGUGCUGAGUUUCUCUCGGAUAGCUUACAUCCUCCCAGCCAAUGAGAGCUUCGGCCCACUGCAGAUCUCUCUGGGGAGGACUGUCAAGGACAUCUUCAAGUUCAUGGUCAUCUUCAUCCUGGUCUUUCUGGCGUUCAUGAUCGGCAUGUUCAACCUGUACUCUUAUUACCUGGGGGCCAAGCAGAAUGACGCCUUCACCACCCUGGAGGAGAGCUUCAAGACGCUGUUCUGGGCCAUAUUUGGACUUUCCGAGGUCAGGUCCGUCGUGAUCAAUAACGGGCACAAAUUCAUUGAGAACAUUGGCUACGUGCUGUAUGGGGUCUACAAUGUUACCAUGGUGAUAGUGCUGCUCAACAUGCUCAUUGCCAUGAUUAACAGCUCCUUCCAGGAGAUUGAGGAUGAUGCUGAUGUUGAGUGGAAGUUUGCUCGGGCCAAACUCUGGUUCUCUUACUUUGAGGAGGGAAGGACGCUCCCUGUACCCUUUAACCUGGUCCCCAGUCCAAAAUCUAUGCUGGGACUUGCGACGGCUAUCAAGUCCCUGCUCCUGCGGUAUGUGGCAGGACACAGUGAGAAGAAAACAGAGACACAGCUCAACCAGCUCGGAGCAGGCAAAGAUUCAGGAUAUGGUGCUUCUACAAGGUCAUCCAGAUAUCAGAAAAUCAUGAAACGACUGAUAAAGCGUUACAUCAUCAAAGCCCAAGCAGACAAGGAGAGUGACGAGAUCACUGAAGGUGAGCUGAAAGAGAUCAAGCAGGACAUCUCCAGUCUGCGAUACGAGCUGCUCGAGGAGAAAUCACAGAACAUGGAGACACUGGACGGACUGCUGAGGAGGCUGGGAGAGAUCAGCACACCUUCAUAGCAGUGCUGCCAAUCACCCCGACUUGUACAUAAAAAAACAACAGCUCAAAGAGUUUUAAGUGCCUGCUCUCAAUCAUUACAUGUAGAUACACAAAAUAUUGAUAUAAAAUAAGAAUGUGAAUUUGAAAUUAAAAUGUAGCUUGCAGAUGGCAUGAGUAUGUGUUAUUUAUCUGUUUAUAAUGCACACAAAGUAAACUUGUCGGGAGCACAUCUUUUAAAGCGAGGAUUGUGGAACCAUUUUACCGUCCUGAAAAAUAAUACAGUCCAUCAUGAGACUUUGUAAGAAUAUUUACACAUUUUAAAACAUUUAGUGAUAUACAUACAAAUUAUUUGCAUAUUUAUUUCAGUACAAAAAUGCCUGCACCUUGCCAAAUCAAGCAUACAGUGCUUGCCUUCAUAUCUAGAAUAUAAAGAAUGAUUGAAAGAAUGAUAAAUGUGCAAAAUAAUAAACAUACACUAACAGGUCACUUUAUUAGGUACACCUUCCUAGUAUCAGGUUGGACCCCCUUUUGCCUUCAGAACUGCUUUAAUUCUUGGUGUCAUAGAUUCAACAAGGUGCUGGAAACAUUUCUCAGAGAUUUUGGUUCAUAUUGACAUGAUAGCAUCACACAGUUGCUGCAGAUUUGUCGGCUGCACAUUCAUGAUGUGAAUCUCCCGUUUACACAUCCCAAAGGUGCUCUAUUGGAUUGAGAUCUGGAUUCUGCUGAAUGUCGCAGCUGAAAACUAGACUCAUCAGACAAAGCAAUGGUUUGCUGCUUCCUGCUGUUGUCUCUUUUUCGUACCAUCCUCUGUAAAGCCUGGAGAUGGUUGUGUGUGAAAAUUCCCAGUAGAUCAGCAGUUUCAGAUCAGCCUGUCUGGCACCAACAUCUAUGUCACAUUCAAAGUCACUUAAAUCACCUUUCUUCUCCAUUCUGAUGCUCAGUUUGAACUUCAGCAGGUCGUCUUGA